CGUCUACCACCGAAAGUAAUCUCCUCCUUUCUCACGCCUUUCAUUUCAUUUAGGAAUUUUCAACGCACAGCGAAAGGCGUCCAUUGCAUCCACAAAUUCUCCUCCUUUUCAGGACGUUAUGGAUCAGGUUCAACAUCCGACUGUCAUGCACAAGGUAGCUGGUCAGUUCCUUUGUCAAGAUCUUCAGGGGUAUGAUGGGACUGUCAGGAGGCCUGCUAUCUACCAAAGCCGUGCUGCAUAUGGGAAUUACUCCAAUGCUGCACUGCAGUACCCAUUGGUGCAGUCGUGCAGAGCCGGUGCUGGCCUGCCUAUGGUUCCAUCCACAGCAUCCAGUGUUGUUGUACAAGCCCCUUCAGAGAAAGGUGUUGCCAGCUUUGCUAUUGAUUUCCUUAUGGGUGGAGUUUCUGCUGCUGUGUCAAAAACUGCUGCCGCUCCCAUUGAGCGUGUCAAGCUUUUGAUUCAGAACCAGGAUGAGAUGAUUAAAACUGGAAGGCUUUCUGAACCCUACAAGGGCAUUGGUGACUGCUUCAAGCGAACCAUGCAGGAUGAAGGGAUGGUUUCACUAUGGAGAGGAAACACUGCCAAUGUGAUUCGUUAUUUUCCAACCCAGGCCUUGAACUUUGCAUUCAAGGAUUACUUCAAGAGGCUUUUCAACUUCAAGAAAGACAAGGAUGGUUACUGGAAAUGGUUUGCUGGUAACUUGGCAUCAGGAGGUGCAGCUGGUGCUUCUUCCCUUCUCUUUGUCUACUCCUUGGAUUAUGCACGAACCCGUCUUGCCAAUGAUGCAAAGGCAGCAAAAAAGGGAGGAGAGAGGCAAUUUAAUGGCCUCGUUGAUGUCUACAGGAAGACAUUAGCAAGUGAUGGUGUUGCUGGGCUUUACCGUGGGUUCAACAUUUCUUGUGUUGGAAUCAUUGUUUACCGUGGUCUGUACUUUGGAAUGUACGACUCUUUGAAACCUGUGGUCUUGACUGGAAGUUUGCAGGAUAGCUUCUUUGCUAGCUUUGCACUUGGUUGGCUCAUCACAAAUGGUGCUGGCCUUGCAUCCUACCCAAUUGACACUGUUCGGAGAAGAAUGAUGAUGACCUCUGGGGAAGCCGUCAAAUACAAGAGCUCACUUGAUGCUUUCUCUCAGAUAUUGAAGAAUGAGGGUGCCAAGUCCCUCUUCAAGGGUGCUGGAGCCAAUAUUCUCCGUGCCGUUGCUGGUGCUGGUGUGCUGGCUGGUUAUGACAAAUUGCAGUUGAUUGUGUUUGGAAAGAAGUAUGGGUCUGGUGGUGCUUAAUUUUGGAUCGAUACCCCUUUUGUUUCCUUUAAUGUUAGAUGGUGAUGAAAAUCCCAACUUUUGAGAAUUUAUCCCGGGAAAAUUUUCAUUGAAUAAUUUAUCGGGAUUAAUCCCGAAACAAUUAUUAUUUUUUGACGGACGUUCCGAAUUUUGAAACCUGACAAUGUUUAUGGCCAAUGCCAUUGCAGAAGCAAUGGAGUUUUUCAUGAUAUUGAUUUUGUUGUCUAUGAUGUUUGAAGCUGGUAUCUGUUUUUUACU